CGUUACAAAACGGAGCUCUGUCGACCCUUCAGAGAGCAGGGCAGGUGUAGAUACGGCAAUAAGUGUCAGUACGCCCAUGGCCUGGAUGAAUUGAGGCAGAUUGAUCGCCAUCCAAAGUACAAAACUGACAAAUGUAAAACUUUUCAUAGUACUGGGUUUUGUCCAUAUGGACCGCGCUGCAAUUUUGUUCACGAU